AUGUCCGAGCUCUGGUACCAAAGGCCCGCUGCUGGAUGGGACGAAGCCCUGCCGGUGGGAAAUGGGCGUCUCGGGGCGAUGGUCUAUGGUAGGACAGAUACAGAACUGCUCCAGCUCAACGAGGACUCGGUGUGGUACGGCGGUCCGCAGAACCGUCUUCCAGAGGAUGCCCUAAAGUGCCUACCACGUCUUAGGGAGUUGAUUCGAGAAGGCGCUCACAAGGAGGCAGAACGGUUGGCUCGUCGCGCGUUCUUCGCUUCCCCAAAUAGCCAGCGACACUAUGAACCUCUUGGAACGCUGUUUUUGGAGUUUGGACACCCAUGUGAAGAGGUCACGGGCUACCGGCGGUCCUUGGACUUGAAUGAGGGCAUUACUCACGUGCAUUAUGAGCACAACGGUGUUCAGUAUCAUCGGCAGGUGAUCGCUAGCUACCCGGAUAAUGUACUUGCUAUGCGGGUACAAGCAUCGCGAUGCAGUGAGUUCUUGGUCCGACUCAGUCGACUUAGUGAGUUGGAGUACGAAACAAAUGAGUUUCUGGACGAUCUCGUGGUCGAUGGGCAAUCGAUCAAGAUGCAUGUCACUCCUGGUGGCAAGGACAGCAACCGGGCAUGCUGCAUGGUAGCAAUCCGCUGUGGGAGUGACGACCAGGAACCGAUCAAAGUGGACUGUGUGGGAAAGAACCUCAUCAUCAACGCGCGGGACGCUCUGAUUGUCAUAGUAGCUCAGUCAACAUACCGCUGCGAUGACGCUGACCUCGACCGCGCCACGGUUGCCGACCUAGAAGCGGUCCUGGCCAGCUCGGUGGAAGACAUAUGGGCUCGACAUAUUACGGACUAUCAAUCCUUGUAUGGCCGGUUGGAGCUGAACCUGGGACCAGAUGCAACAGAUAUACCGACGGACCAGCGUAUCUUGCAUGUGCGAGGCCCAGAACUUGUGGCCAUAUAUCUUCGCUACAGUCGCUACUUACUGAUAUCGUGCAGUCGUCCUGGCAGGAAAGGUAGUUCUGAUCGCGUGUUGCCUGCGACUUUGCAGGGCAUAUGGAAUGCAUCGUUUCAUCCUCCGUGGGGAUGCCGCUAUACGAUCAACAUAAACCUGCAGAUGAACUAUUGGCCUGCCAAUGUGGGCAAUUUAUUGGAAUGUGAAGAGCCCCUGUUCGCACUGCUCGAGCGCCUUGCCGUCACUGGUACUGAGACUGCACGCAAGAUGUACGGCUGUCGUGGGUGGACAGUGCACCAUAAUACGGACUUGUGGGCGGACACUGCGCCUGUUGAUCGCUGGAUGCCAGCUACUUUGUGGCCACUCGGGGGUGCCUGGCUGUGUACUCAUGUCUGGGAGCGGUUUCUCUUUAACGGCAACAAGGCAUUCCUGAAACGCAUGUUUCCAGUGCUCCGUGGUUGUGUUGAGUUCCUACAAGAUUUCCUCGUUGAUGAUGUCUCAGGCCAGUAUAAAGUAACCAACCCGUCGUUGUCCCCUGAGAAUACGUUCCGUGAUGAGAAGGGCCAAGAGGGCGUACUCUGUGAAGGAUCGACAAUUGACAUCCAGCUAGUCCGUGCAGUGCUAAAAGCCUUCGUCGAAUCAUUGGAGGUGCUUGGUUAUUCACAGGAUGAGCUCCUACCUAGUGUACAUGACACACUACGCCGUCUACCCCCCGCGCGUAUCGGCUCGAAAGGGCAGCUCCAAGAAUGGAUGUUCGAUUAUGACGAGAAUGAGCCUGGCCAUCGGCACGUUUCGCAUCUCUGGGCUCUUUAUCCAGGCAACGACAUCAACCUGGAAACGACUCCUGAGCUCGCCAAAGCUUGUGCUGUCACUCUACAACGGCGACAAGCAGCGGGGGGCGGUCAUACGGGUUGGAGUAGAGCGUGGCUUCUCAAUCUGCAUGCGCGCCUUAGGGACGCAGAUGAAUGUGCAGAGCAUCUAGAGCGACUGUUGGCGCAAUCAACCCUUCCUAACCUUCUGGAUACACAUCCGCCGUUCCAGAUCGAUGGUAACUUUGGCGGUGGUGCCGGGAUUCUGGAAAUGUUGGUGCAGUCGCACGAAGACGGCAUCAUACGGCUACUCCCUGCAUGUCCACUAGCAUGGCGGAGCGGACGGCUUCGUGGUGUUCGCGCCCGUGGCGGUUUCGAGCUGGAAUUUGAAUGGAAAGACGGAGUGAUUCGAGGGCCAGUAAUUGUGAAGUCAGAAUUGGGCCUUAGGGCUGUAGUCUAUUAUCCAAACAAUGGUCCGCGUAAGGUCUUGGAGGGUUCGGGGAUUAUUGUCUUAAACGGAGACAACUGA